AUGGUUGAACCCCAACAGCAGCCCAUUGAGGAACCGGCGCAGAUUGCACCGUCAGCCGAGCCGGUCGCUCCCGAGCCCGCUGCGCCUGUGGCAGUAGCGGAAGCGGCGGUGGCAGUGGCGGAAGCCCCCGAGGCGGCUCCAGCGCAGGCGGCUCCUGCCCCGAGCGCAGAGCCCUCGGAGCGCCCGCCGAGGCCCGCACCGGAGCGCCCUCCUCAGCCGACGGGUCGUGAGCCCAUCAACAUGAAGGCGCUUCUCGAGGCCGGUGUGCACUUCGGACACCAGACCCGCCGGUGGAACCCCACCAUGAAGCGCUACAUCUUCACGCAGCGCAACGGGAUCCACAUCAUCGACCUGCAACAGACGCUGGGCAUGAUCAAUGAUGCCUACAAGGACAUGACCAAUUUGGUCGCCAAUGGCGGGAAGGUCCUUUUCGUGGGCACCAAGCGGCAGGCGCAGGAAGUGAUCCAGUCCGAGGCUGACCGCUGCGGGAUGUGGUACGUAAACCAGCGGUGGCUGGGCGGGACCCUGACAAACUUCCAGACCAUCCGUACACGCAUCCAUUACAUGCUGGAGCUGCAGCAGAAGCGUGACCAAGGAUAUUUCCGCCUGCUCCCCAAGAAAGAGGGGGUCAAGAUGCGGGAUACCCUGAACCGGCUGGAGAAAUACUUCACCGGAAUGCGGGAUAUGACCACGGUUCCCCAAGCCAUUUUCGUCAUAGACAUUGGCCGGGAGAAUAUCUGCGUGGCGGAGGCCCGUCGCUUGGGUGUCGAAGUCUUCGCAAUAGUCGACUCGGACUGCAACCCGGACCUGGUGGACCACAUCAUCCCAGGCAACGACGAUGCCGUACGCUCCAUCGCUUGGUCACCAACCGGAUGGCCUCCGCAGUGCUGGAAGGGCUGGCGCAGCGGGAAGCCACUCUGCAAGCCGAGAUGGAUGAAAUGCAGGCGCUGGCCGCCGAGGCUGCGGGGCUUUCCGGACCGGAGGAUCUGUCGGAACAGGAAGGCCUGUCGGAACGGGAGGACGCGGCGCUAA